CAGCCUGAGCGCUGACACAGGAGCAGGUUGCCCACGGCUCGCUCUCCUGCUGCUGGAUGUCACACCGACCGACCGCCGCGUGAAACGUUCCCCCACCGACGAGGAGAGGCGACUUUACUGAAUUUUACACCUCGGCCUGGGAGGCUACCCGCUUCCCGUCACCAUGGCUUCCAACUUCAACGACAUAGUCAAACAGGGAUACGUGAGGAUACGGAGUAAGAAACUGGGGAUUUUCCGGAGGUGUUGGCUGGUGUUCAAGAAGGCCUCCAGUAAAGGACCCCGACGGUUAGAGAAAUACCCAGACGAAAAGGCUGCGUACUUCAGGAGCUUCCACAAGAUCACUGAGCUCCAUAACAUCAAGAACAUUACCCGGAUGCCGCGGGAGACAAAAAAGCACGCCGUGGCCAUCAUCUUCUGUGACGACACAUCCAAGACAUUUGCCUGUGAAUCGGAGCUGGAUGCAGAGGAAUGGUGCAAGCUGCUGUGCGUGGAGUGCCUCGGCAGCCGUCUCAACGACAUCAGCUUGGGAGAGCCAGACCUGUUAGCGGCGGGGGUGCAGCGGGAGCAGAACGAACGUUUCAAUGUGUACUUAAUGCCUACGCCCAACCUGGACAUCUAUGGAGAGUGCACCAUGCAGAUCACACAUGAAAACAUCUACCUUUGGGACAUUCACAACGCUCGCCUCAAACUCGUCAUGUGGCCUCUCAGCUCCCUUCGCAGAUAUGGACGAGACUCCACUUGGUUCACUUUUGAAUCUGGAAGGAUGUGUGACACAGGAGAGGGUUUGUUCACGUUCCAGACCCGGGAAGGGGAGAUGAUUUACCAGCGGGUCCACUCGGCCACGCUGGCCAUUGCCCAGCAGCACGAGCGGAUGAUGGAGGAGAUGGAGAAGAGCUCCCAGAUCCACUCCAGAGAGACGCUCACCAAGUCCAUUUCCCUGCCACGCAGCGCCUACUGGCAGCACAUCACGCGUCAGAACAGCGUGGGAGAUCUCUACAGUUACCAAGGAAGUGGCCUGUCAAUGACUUUCAUCCCCCGAGCGCAGACGUUCCCCAGCUUUCUGUCUGAUGAGCCAGAACAGGAAGAGAGCCAGCACCAGGAAGAAGCACCGUCGCCCUCUAGUGGCUGUGAAACCAGUUGCAGCUUGAGAGCCAUUCAAUGACAGAGAAUUGCUCCCCAGGAAUGCUGGACACUUUACCCACUACUGUAGAAAGGCUGUAGAAAUAUGUAUAGUGACAUGUGUAAUAUAUCAUUUCCUGGUGUCAACUGUAGAACGACUGGUUCAUAAAAAGGAUCCUGAAAUGUUUUAUGUUGUGUGACAGCUGCAGUAGCUUCCAAAAUGCACCAAAAAUCCUGUAAGUGUAGAUUUAAUGUGUGUUUUUGUAGGCGUUUUGCUUUAAAAUUCUAGCACUAAACUUAAAGAGGUUUAAGGUACAAACUCACAAGAUCCUCUGUAUAAAAAAGCCUUCUUCUCUCUGUGAAAUGGAUGAAAUCCCAUCAAGCUCAUUCCAAAAUUCUGCUGCCUCAGCAGCUUUUCCCUGAAAAAAAAAAUCAGCCUUUUUUGACGUAUACUUCUCCCAAACUUACCGUACCUUUACCCCUCUCAAAGAAAGUGCAUUUGAGCAAUGCCUUACCAUAUAACGCCUCCAGUUUAGAGCUGUGAUGAAUCAGCUAAAGCCUUUUAAAGGUAACAACCAGCAAAGGGAAAAAGUCAUUCAGAAAUACGCUAUGAGGAUAUAAGUGGGAGCUGUUGAGUCAGAAAUGAUAAAAAAGCAACUAUCUCUACUUUUAAGUGCCAACAUUACACUAGUUGAGCAAUUUGUGUUUAAUGACUGUCUAGCUCCUCUACAGCCUCAUAUAACUACAGUAUUUAUAACUGCUUCAUUAGCAAAAGGAGGAGGCAAAGAUGGUGGUGAGCUGAUUGGUAGAGGUAAGCAAGGCAGAAGUAAAUAAUGGCUUCAUAGGACGGCUUCAGCAGUAUGGGUAAUAAAACUGUGAGUUUCUGAAACACUGAUAUGUAUGCCAAGCUUUAGACUGCUUUGAUGGGGGGCAUUAAGUAAUGUUGACUAGCCGGUGGAGCUAGAUUUAAGAUCCCACAUAAAGAGGACUAAAUAAUCUGUGCAUUUCAACAUGCUCCACAUUUGCUUAGAAUUACUGUGACUAGGGCUGGGUAAUUAAUCGAAAAUUAGAUUAACUUGCAGUAUGGCCUGCUGCAAUUAUCUAAUCGCAGAAGUUGCAAUAUUUCUUUAACCUGAAAUUUGAGUCAAAAUAAUGGUUUAAAACUGGCAUUACAUAUCAUGCAAUCAUUCAAGACCAAUUUUUUAGAAUAAUCUACAAAAAAAAAUCAUACUUUCUUAAUUUCUGUACAUUUUUCUGAUUAGAUAUGAGAAUUACGUAAAAACUAUAAUUCCAUUCAGUACAAGAAUUCACAUCCAGUUUGCAAUACAAGUCAAAAAUCAUCACAAUCAGACACUUUUUCAAAAUUGUUCAGCCCUUGUUUUGUCUAAUAUUGUGUUGGUUCUAACAUGGAAUGGUUUAUUGCUUGUGUUGUAAAAUACAUAAAAUGAGGAACUUAAGGAAUAAUCACAUAUUAAACCAUAAUAUUGGGGGGAAAAAAUCACAAUUAGAUUAUUUUACCACAUCGUUCAGCCCUAAUUAUGCCAACUGGCAUGAUGCUUGUGGAUGCAGCACUGUAUUAAAGAGGGUUUUUUGUGUUUCGCUGGUUUAUGUCAGGGAGAGUUUGAAAGGAAAGCAGAAUGACAACAGGCAAAAAAAUCAGUCCUUUGGAAUACAGCAAAUCUGAAAUUUGUGAAAAGAAAUGCAAUAUAGAAGAGUAUAAAUAAGAACAUUAAUGCUGGUGGAGGAAAAAAGAGAUGAAAUAAAGAGAGGAUGGCAAAAUUUUAGAUUAAAAAAAAACAAAAGAAAAAUGGUCUUGAAUUUAGUCUUGUCUAACAUGCCGAGUUUAUCAGGACACUGAUAGAAAGUUCCAGACUUUGUCCUCUGUGGCAGUGGUUCCUAAAGUGGGGGUCGGGACUCCCAGAGGAUUGCAAGAUGGCUUCCAAAAACAAAGAACAUUUUUAAAUGAUUUGAAAUUAUAUAUUCUACCCAUUAAUGUAAAAUACAUAAACCUAGUGAAGUUUAAAUCAAAGGUUCUCAGCUGGUUGGGCAUCGGGACCCACCACCAGCUCCUUAUCAGCUGUUUGGACCCUAAAUAGAAAAAAAAGCUGUUAAUAAACAAAGAGAAAGAAUUAGGCAAUCAUGUUUCCUAAGUACAUUAUUGCAGAAGGACGUGAAUGUAUGCAUUUAUUGUUACUCCAUUUCCCCAAGGCAACAUGGACAAAUGGUCAUUUCUGGAGGAAGUGCCUCAUUAUCGUGGAAAAAACAGCUUUUUGUCCAGGGAUAAAGGAAAUGUAAAAAGUUUAAACCUUGAGGAAACACCCAAAAAUGACUCCGCAUCUCUGGAAUAUCUAUAAAACAAAAAAGAAAUUAAAAAAGGACUGAUGUCCUAAAUGUCCAGUAAUAGUUUUUCACACAUCUUAGAUUUUUCUGGCAAAACUUUGUGACCAACUGGAAAAAGCUUUACAACUGACUUUUAGGUCCCGACCCACCAGUAAGAAUGACUGGUUUAAAAUAAAACCACAGUGAUUAGCUGGGAUUCAUGCCAUGUGCACAGCUAUGAGCACCUCCUCCAGGAACAGGUUUCCAAUCUCUGCCACUGUUAUUUUUGGGGUCAUAAGCUAAAAAGUUUGGGACCCCCUGCUCUGUGACUCUGGUGCACAUGCACAACAUCCUUUUUUUACCUCUAAGCACCACCUUGAAGGUGAAGCAGCCCAGCCAACCAAUCAGACUCCAGGCAUUUGAGUGUGGCACGGUUAUGAUUGGUCAAACAGACAAGGACAAACUAAAACAGUUUUAACUCAUUUUUAGAUUUUGAGGUGAAGAAGAAUGAUUUGAUGGGGCGGUUGGUUCAUGUUGGGGGUGCUGCCCCACCCUGCCUGGAGCAGGCUGCUGAAACAUUAGCUUUUCAUACACACACAUAAACAGUGAAGCAUAAAAUAACAUUUAAAAGAAUCUGUGGUGAAAUGUAGGAAAAAGUUCAACGAAUUUUGGUUAUUUUGGACUUGCUGGUUUUCCUCUGAGCAACAUCCUGCUUAGUGGAAAACCUGAUGAUUAAUACAACCGUCAUGUCAAAACAAUAAGCAGCCAAUUUUUCCAUCGUCUAACCAUCUCCAGCAGUAGCUGACAAAAUCAUUUCACCAGCACCUUUAAAUCUACAACCUUUUACACUUUUUUUCUAAGGAGAUAAUAGGACAUAUUGUGUUCAUUUUUAUCUUAAAAGUGCUGGUGAGUGAUUUUGUGACCAUAGCUGGGUUAACUUUUUCCUAUUCUUUGCAGUAAAUUAGUUGAUCCAGUAAAUUAUUUUGUCUUUUUUAUUCUGAAUAUUAGUCUUGUGUUUCUUUUUUUAGACAACUCUUUGUAGGAGAUUUUUUUUUCUUUAGUUUGAGGUGUUUUGACUGUCAUCUGCAGUCUUCCUCAGAAGCGUCACCUGACCUGCGUCACCUGUGGUCAGCCUGAUAGACCUGUUAGUUCCGUCAGGCUGAACACUCCUGGGAAGAACAGCGUCACAGCGGUCAGCUGAUGACAGUCGAAACAUGUCAAGGUAAAAAAACAUCUCCCACAAUUAGUUGUCCGUAAAAAAGAAACACAAGAUAAAUGGUAAAUUAGUUAACCUGCUGAUAGCGCUAGCUUCAUAUUUUGUGUGCCAGAAUGAGUGGUUUCAUGUCGAACUCUCAAACAGACAAAACAGGAAAUGAGAACAAUUUGAUUAUAAAAAUAGAUAAAAUGGUUAAAGCGUUAUAACACCUGCAAACGUAACAACUGCCCACAGACAUAAUAAACCACAAACAUUAUACAAAUCUGCAGCUUUUAAUGUAAAAAUCCCACAACCUUAAAUUUCCCACAAACAAUAGAAAGUUAUUCUUCUAGGUAAAAACCACUGUCUAUCAAUAUUGUAUUAACUUACAACAAAUGUCACGUGAACAUGAAAAAUGAUAAUAAAGGAUGACAAAGUUGUAGACAUUGUUAAAUGUAGCCUAUUUACAACCACCAGUGGGUUUAAGUUAGCUAAAGCUUAAGUCACAUCAAACAACAGAGCUGUGGCCAUUUUAUUUUUGUUCGCCAUGAAACAGAAAGUUUUUUCCAGAGUCAUGAAACGCUUAUAGAGUCAUGAAUCUUAGCAUGAAAUGUUGAAUAAUAAAAUGACAGGAUUUAUAUCCAUUUUGGAAAACUGCCAAAUCCAAGCGGUUCUGAGCUGAACAGUGUUUCAGUAAAGCUUUCUCCGAGCACCAUCAGACACAAUUUAUUUCACCUUUUGAGGCUCUAGACUUACAAAAAACUACUUCCUGUUUAGUGGUGGACAAAAAAAAAAAUGCCGUGGCUACACUUUUUGUGUGACUUGAGCUUAAGCUUUUUAACCCCUGGCAGUUGUUAAAAGGCUAAAACAAACAAUGAGGAGCGUCAACAUUUAGCUUUCAUGUUCACAUUACAUUUUGACAUCAGGUCAAAACCUUGUAUCUAGAAAAUGACCACUUUCAGGGUAUUAAAAAGCCGCCACUGUAUUUUCCAAUUAAUUUAACUCUGAAUGGUCAGAGUCAGAAUCUUCUGGACGCUUUUUAUUGCUAUAAACUGUGUAAAAACCCACUGACGGAUGAAAAAGGUGACCAAUAUAUGGAAGAGGAUUA